AUGGCAGCGCAACAGAAUUCAGACUAUGAGCUCUUGACGGAGCACUUUGGAUAUCCUCCAGUUUCCCUCCUCGACGACAUCAUCAAUACCGUCAACGUCCUUGCCGACCGCGCUCUCGAAUCAGUCGAACGUCUUCUCCUCUCCAUCCCACCACAAUCUCUUGGCUUCUCUAAUAAACACGCUCCAAAAGAUGGCACACCCGCCCUACCGCCAGACGAAGCAGCGAAGCUUGAGAUCGAACAUGGCACGCAUCAGCUCGAGACAUUGCUCAACGCCUCCAUCGACAAGAACUUUGAUUUGUUUGAGUUAUAUGCUAUGCGCAAUAUCCUGACUGUCAAGCCAGAUGAUCAGCCUUAUAUGCGACUGGCACAUUACGAAGGCUUGGAUUUCGCAGGAUUGGAAGGCCCAGAUCGCCCAACAACAGAGUCGGUGACUGCGCUACGGAGGAGAUUGCAAGCUAGUCAGCGAUUGCACAUUGCACUCGAGGCUGAGCGCACACGAAACGAUGCUCUUCUCGGCAAGUUACGUUCUGUGUUGGGUGUUGUACCCGGUGACGUGAAAGCAGAAGAGGGACAGGCCACAACAGCAGCCGAUGGCUCAUCCUUUGGGUUUCUGCGUGAUAAGGCGAGUCUCCAAGACGCCGGAGCCGACAAACCUAUUGCGACGACAACCGAAUUUACACUUUCUCAACUGCAGGCCCUCCGCGCCCUAUCGACAUCACUACGCACACUGCUUCCUGAUCUUGGUCCAGCAGAUACAGACACCUCCAUGGAAGACGCUGGAAGUGGCUCGCGCACAUGGAGACGUGAACGUGUGGAAUAUGUUGAGGGCGCAUCACGGAAGUAUCUCGAGACAGCAAGAGGUCUGGAGCUUGGCGAGCAGGGUGAGGUGCGCGAUGGUGAGUGGCAGGGUGAAGGACGUAAAAUAACAAGGGGCGACGUUGAGGGGUUGGAGCAAGUAGUUGGUAUGUUAGGACAAAAGUCAGCGACAACAGGCGAAGCCGGUGGUGAGGGAGAACCAAUGGAUGAAUCAUAA